GAGGGCGCGCGGUUGCAUUCCGCGUCCGCCUCACGUCAGGUUUCCUUCCUUGGAAUUAAUUAAUUUACAAGUCCGCCUCCGUCUCACAGCAGUUAUUCUUCCUUCCUACAAAUUAAUUUACAAGUCCGCCUGCCUUUAUGACAACUUCAACAUUCUCCAUCUUCUCUUUCAAAAUCCACAAAGAAACCACAACGCUUCUCAAAACCCAUAUAUAUUAAAGAGAUAUGAGACAAGUGUUUUAGGUGAAGGCAAGAGUUUUGUUGUUGUUGAUCAAUUAGCAUGGGAGAUUGCAGGCCAUUGGGUUUCUUGCUGGGUUUGCCUUUUGCUUUGGUUGCAUUGGUCUUAUCUGUUGUUGGUGCUGUCAUCUGGGUUCUUGGGUCGGUUUUGAGUUGCUUGUGUCCAUGCUGCUGUUGUGUUGGUGGGUUAGCGAAUUUGGCAGUCACUCUUAUCAAGCUUCCUGUAAAAAUAAUUAGAUGGUUCAUCGAUAAGAUCCCUUGUUGAAGAUGUCAGGGUAGGGUUUCGAGGGAAUUUGUACGAUUAUUUGUUCUGAUUUUUCAGAAAAUUUAUGAUUUGUAAUUAGGUAGUAUAUUCGAUUACACCACCAUAUAUUGUUAGAUUGUAUGCUGCAUUUGUUAUUUUUCUUCAUCUGUGUCGAGUUGGUUAAGAGUUUGCGCACCUCCAUGAUGGUGGAUCGUGGGAUAGGGAGUUUUCUAGUUGAAUUUUUAUAUGAUAUCAACACAUGGCACCUCAAACUUCUCCUCAAA